CGGUGAACCGGAUGCGCUGUCAGUCUCCUCCUCCGUGUCCUCGGCCUCCACCCAGCUCCUUCGCUGAGCCGCUGCCACCCCGAGGCCCCAGCCAGGAGGCUCCCGGCGGCUGGCCUGGCAGGUGUGGGGCGCAGUAGGAGCUGGGCGCUCACGGUUACCGCGCGUGGAGGAGACACUGCCCUGCGGCGAUGGGUGCCCGGGCCUCUCCUUCACGCCGGAGACAGGCGGGGCGGCGGCUGCGGUACCUGCCCACCGGGAGCUUUCCCUUUCUCCUCCUCCUGCUGCUUCUCUGCAUUCAGCUCGGGGGAGGACAGAAGAAAAAAGAGAAUCUUUUGGCUGAAAAAGUAGAACAGCUGAUGGAAUGGAGUUCUAGGCGUUCAAUCUUCCGAAUGAAUGGUGAUAAAUUCCGAAAAUUUAUAAAGGCACCACCUCGAAACUAUUCUAUGAUUGUUAUGUUCACUGCUCUACAGCCUCAGCGGCAGUGUUCUGUUUGCAGGCAAGCUAAUGAAGAAUACCAGAUAUUGGCUAACUCCUGGCGCUAUUCAUCUGCUUUUUGUAACAAACUGUUUUUCAGUAUGGUGGACUAUGAUGAAGGAACAGAUGUUUUUCAACAGCUCAACAUGAACUCUGCUCCUACAUUUAUGCAUUUUCCUCCAAAAGGCAGACCCAAGAGAGCUGAUACUUUUGACCUUCAAAGAAUUGGAUUUGCAGCUGAACAGCUAGCAAAGUGGAUUGCUGACAGAACAGACGUUCAUAUUCGUGUUUUCAGACCACCGAACUACUCUGGUACCAUUGCUUUGGCCCUGCUGGUGUCACUUGUUGGUGGUUUGCUCUAUUUAAGAAGGAACAACUUGGAGUUCAUCUAUAAUAAAACUGGUUGGGCCAUGGUAUCUUUGUGUAUAGUCUUUGCUAUGACAUCUGGCCAAAUGUGGAAUCAUAUUCGUGGACCUCCAUAUGCUCAUAAGAACCCACACAAUGGACAAGUGAGCUACAUUCAUGGGAGCAGCCAGGCUCAAUUCGUGGCGGAGUCACACAUUAUUCUGUUUUCGGUGGACACAACAUCUUUAUUUUAUUUUUAUGUGGUGCUGAGGAUCGAACCCAGCGCCCCGCGCAUGCCAGAUGCUGCUAUCACCAUGGGAAUGGUUCUUCUAAAUGAAGCAGCAACUUCCAAAGGAGAUGUUGGAAAAAGACGGAUAAUUUGCCUAGUGGGAUUAGGCCUGGUGGUCUUCUUCUUCAGUUUUCUACUUUCAAUAUUUCGUUCCAAGUACCACGGCUAUCCUUAUAGUGAUCUGGACUUUGAGUGAGAAGAUCUGAUUUGGACCAUGGCACUUAAAAACUAUAAUCCCAGCUUUUUAAUUAAAUGAAGCCAAGUGGGAGUUGCAUAAAGUGAAUGUUUACCACGAAGAUAAACUGUUCCUGACAUUAAAAUAUUUGUACUUCUUGAGUUCAUUUCUUUGUCAAUUGUGAUAAGCUAGCUUAUUCUUGUAUACUUUUUUAAAACUGGGUUUUCCUAGUAAAUUUAAUUUAUAGAAAUAGAUGGUAGCAUUUAGGAAUCUACAAGAGAAACAGUGUUUUUCAAGCAUAUUCAGUGUAUGCCACAGGAUUGAAAUAAGUGACAAUGUAACUAAACUGUUUUAGAACUGUUCACUCAUUUGUAAGGGAAACCACAAUGUUAGUUAAGGAAACCUAUGGAAUGUAUGUUAAAGAAUUAUUAGUGUUGUACAGGGAUAAAGCAUAUGCAUGAAAACAUGUCAUGUAUGGAAAAUUAUACUACUGCAGUUUCAGUUAUAAAGGACGUGCACUGUUGCAAA